AUGCCACCUAUACGUUGGGGUCCCCUAGGGGAUCCCCGUCUACUUCCAAGAGGGUCCCGAUUCCUUGUCGGGCCUCAUGUGAGCCUUUCUCGCCAAAGGAAGAGCCACAAGUAUUCACGGGGUUUUCACUUUAAUGCCCUCUCAUUUUCAGCUCAAAGGGGAGUCCAAGCAGCCCCAGGACUUCCAGGUAUCUCUGAGAUCGGGGUUUUCCCAAAGAUCAGAAGCUGCGCUACCGCUGGUACUGCUGAUGCUGCUUCAGCUCGCUCAUCAGCUGAAGCGACCUAUCCUACAUCUGUAAGACCAGCAGAGGGGGAAGAGGGCCCUUCCGGCGUCGCUACUGCUGUCCUGAAUGCCUCAACUUUUCUCGCGCAGCUAGUAGGAGCAGCGGAGGGGGGCACGCAGCAGUUUCGGGGAGUUACUGCACUACGAGGGGCUCUUUCUUCUUUCUCUGCGGCGGUGGAACGAGCAGAAGACACACUUAAGCCCUUUACUUACAACUAUGACGUAACAGACGCAGUGCACGGCAGGCUACUUAAGCCAGCUACACCCGCAACGCCGGCAGCAGUAGCAGCAGCAGCAAGCACGGUUAAUGAUGCUGGGGCCGCUGCCCGCACUGCCCCGGUGCAGCUUCAGCAGCAGCAGCGGGCGUGGAAGUACCUGGGGUCUCCGUUUUACAUACUGCUGCUUCAGGCAGUGCACGCAGCAAAGGCAACACGAGGACUAAGUCCGUCACCCACGCCCGAAGGAGUCCAGGAAGCAGCAACAGCGUCUGUGCCUUAUGUAGGAGCAGCAGGAGGGGCAGCGUCCCUUCUCACCAGUAGCAGCAGCAUCGAAGCUGCUGCUGCAGAAGUUGCUGCUUUUUGGCAGCUACAGGUUGCCAAGGAUUUGCGGCGCUUGCGCCACGCUGCGGAGGCCUUGCAGCAAGCAGGAGGGUCGCCAACUGAGGACCUCGAAGAAAACUCUUCUGCUUUAACAGGAACGCCAGCCGCUGUGCACUGUUUACCGCAGCAGGAUGUGGAUGCAGCGGUGCUGGGGCUUCUCUGCAGCGCAGCAGAGGCGGUAGCACUACUCGCAGAAAUGCAAAUGAAGCACUCAGUGCGAGACGUUGUGCCAACAUUGCUUCUCGUUCUAGAGCGCGUUCGGCUCUCGCGUGAACGCCGCCAGGGCCAGCUAAACCCGCAACUGGAGGAGCAACAGAAGAAAGAUGGACUGGUGCGGCAGUGUGAAGCAGAGGCAUCUCUGGCAGCCUCUGCAGAGGCAACGGCUGCUACCACAAUAACGGCACGGUCACCUGCAUCACAAGCACCAGAGGCGGGAGUAGCAGCAGAGGCGACCAUACGGUGUCUUCAUGCGCUGGGUCGCUGUCAGCUGUUUAGCGAAAAGCUGCUGCAAGUGGUGUCUACGGACCACAUUGCUGCUGCUGACGCCGACUCUCUUGCCCUAUAUCUCUUUGAGUGCGGACGCAUGGGCCUACGCUGCAGACGCUGGAUAGAUAUGAGCUUUCAAAGGGCGCUCGAAGCCGUGAACUCUAUGUCUGCUCCUUCUUUGCUACUGGCCUGCGCCGGUCUUUACCGCUUCUGCACAGAGUGGAAGGAAUUUUAUCUGCGAGCAGCUCCUCGGCUGCUUAAUUUGUUGAAGCAAAUGGAUUACUACCAGCUACGGCUGAUGCUGCGGCUGACGAAGCACCUCAAUCCUUCCUUGAGUGACCCUCAGCUAUGCCUUCUUUCCAGAGGCGCCGCGCGGCUCUUGACGCGUAUUAUUCCUACUUUAGAUCCUCAGCAGCUCUGCUGCGUUGCUACUUUUGUAGAGAGGCGGUCCACAGAUACUCCAGAGGAAUACGGAUCUCUCACGCGAUCUCUCGUGAGCGCCCUUGAGGCCACAGCUCCAGUGGAUAUAUCGUGCGCAGUCACGCACACGGGUGCAGCUAUUUCAGCAAGCUCAGCGGCCACUGCAACGGCAAAGCUGGCGGAGAGCGCAAGCCUAGCUGGGGACCCUCUGUCGCUUGUGCACCCUCUGCACGACUUAGUUGAUGUGGUUGAUUGUCUGGCCUCUCACGGGCUGCAAAGCUCUCUUGUUCCUCGCAUAGAGUCUGUGCUAUCCGCACGCUAUACAGGUGAGCCCAAUUUCACGCUAGGCGUUGAGAGCACCAGGGAUGGGGACUUUGUCAACAGCAUUAACAGAAAGACACUAGUAGUUGGACAGGGCCGCCUUAGGACAUUAGAGCAAACCGCGGCGGCGUAG